CACGUGUUCCAACCAGCCUUAUUGCACGAAGGCUACAGAAGUAAGCCUUUGAGCUGUCCCACGAAAAACAACUGUCCGACUUGCAGAGAGCGCUGUACUUUCCACAAAUCGUUUGGCUACACACAACGAUGCUAUUAACAUAGCGUAUAAGAGCGUAGAGACGGUGUGUGAUGGGACAGGGUUCAGGCAGGUUGGCGAGGUCGGCGAGGCGUGUAAGAGCGUAGAGACGUCUAGCAAAAGGCGAAACUUUGCAGAAAUGUCCGCGAUGCCAUCCCUGCCUCCGCGCAAAGGCGCUGCCAAGCCAACGGAGCAGGCGCCGAGCUCAAAUGGCGCGCAGGCCAUGCUAUUUGAGCACUUCGGUCGGCUCGCGGACUCACCUUCUUUGCAGCGCUUCAUUGAGGACCCGGGCAUGCUGGCCGCCGCCAAGGAGCGCGACCCCGUGUUGAAGCGCCUGCUGGAGCAGCAGCCGGGCAUGGCGGGGCUGCUGCAGCCGGAGCGGCUGAGGGCGCUGGCGGCGCUGGCGGCAGACCCGGAGCGCAUGCGGGCGGAGGCGGGGAGCCUGUUUGGCGGCAUGGACUUGGCGGAGCAGCGGAAGGCCCUGGCGCAGCUGCAGAUGCAUACGCGGCAGGCGGGCAGCGACAGCGCGGGCGGCGGUGUUGGCAGCGUAGGCCAGCUUUCAACUGCGGGCGCCGCGUUUGCGCGCAUGCAGAGCCGCAUGCAGCAGCUGCAGCGCAUUCAGGCAGGCGGGGCGCUGGGCGGGGCGGAGGCGGGACCGGGGGCCGGGGCGGGAGCAGGAGCGGGAGCGGGGGCGGGAGGCUACGGCUACGGCGCACAGCCAGCCCAACAAUAUCAGCAGUCCCACUCUGAUUACAUGUUCCAGUUCCAGCAACAGCUGCACCAGCAGCAGCAACAGGAGCCGGCGGCAGCACACGGAGGCGGCGUCGCUGGCGGUCCGGGCGGCAUGCGCGCGCCCAACCAGGCUGCGCCGUGCUACCACGGCGGCGCUGGCGGCAGUAGCAGGAGCAACGGCGGCGGCGGCGGGGGCGAGUACACAGGCAGCUUCAGCUACAGCCACACCGAGAAGGAGGUGCCUUUCCACCAACUGCCGGCUGAGGUGCAGCGGCAGCUCGCCGGCGCGCAGGGCGGCUCCUGGCCCCCGUCCGUGGCGGCCACAUCGGGCGCCACCGCCGCUGCAACGCUCGACGGGUCUGCGGCCGCCACGCAAGGCGCUGCUGACAGUUCAGCAGCGGAGGCGGCAGAGGAGGCGGAUGUGAAGCCGGUCCUGUCGUUCGCGCAGUGGCAGGCGGAGCAGGCUGCCAUCGCCGCACACCGCGCACAGGCGCAGCCGCCGGGCAGCUGGGGCGCCAUGCAGACCGCCGCCGGCGCCGCGGCUGGUCCAGGUCCCGGUCCGGGCUCCGGCGCCGGUGCCGCGCCGCCUAGCCUCUUCCCGCUGCUGCCCACUAGCACCAUGUCACUGGACGACAAGAACGCCCCCACGCCGCACGCGGGCGCCCAAGCCCACAGCCAUGGCCACGCCCACAGCCACGGCCCCGGGCAGCCCUGCUGCUCGCACGACCACGGGCACGGGCACGGGCACGGCCAGCACUUGCAGCACGGCCACGGCUAUGCGCCUGGCUACGGCGGUGGUGGGGCCGUGCUGUUGCGUGACCCCAAGAAGAUGCGGCCUCGUGACUACUACGAGGCAGUGGAGCCCAAUUGGAGCUGGCGGCCGGACGAGGUGGCGGAGGGCUGCGACAGCCUGUACGCCAAGGCGUACAUGCGCUACUGCGACGGGCUGUUCUUCCCGCCCUUCUUCGCGCUGGCGGCGCUCACCGUGGCCGUCACGCCGCACCUGUCCUUCUGGUUCCUGUCGGUGCUGCUGCUGGUGGCCAUGGUCCUGGGCAUGUACUGCUACAGCCGCCACCUGGCAGGAGUGCCCGUCAAGGCCAUGGCUCAGUCCCGCAGCUUCUUAUCGCUGAUCGUGACCUGUGAGGUGGUGUACCCCAUCGUCUUCUGCACACGCGUGCUGCCCCACUGGCACGGCCUGACCUCGCUGACCUGCCUCUUGCUGCUGCUGGGCUUCCUGGCAAUGCCCAUCCUGCACUUCCUGGCCGCCACCACCGACCCCGGCUUCGUGCCGGCCCGCCCCGCGCAGCAGCAGCUGCAGGCGGCGGCGGCGGCGCAGGCGGCGGCGGAGGAGCAGCAGGCGCUGCUCAGCGGCGGCAAGGCGGGACUGCUUUCGGGUGCCAGCGGCAGCGGCAGCAGCAGUGAAGGCCUGGAGGGCUCGGGAGGGCACCUAGAUACAUCGGGAUCGCGGCUACGACAGCGCGGGGAGAAGGGCAAGGACGGAUCCGCGGGCGCCUCCGCAGAGGGGAGAGCCGACGGCGCCGCGGCCGCGGCCGGUGCUGGAGUGGGGCCCGGGGCCGUGGCGGGGGUGAUGCUGACGGAGCUUCUUGGGUCGAGUGGCGUAGACGAGGAGGAGGGCGGGGUGGGGCGUGCCGUGUUGGAGGCGGAGUGCAGCACCUGCAACGUGACGCGCCCGCUGCGGGCCAAGCACUGCCAGUUCUGCAACCGCUGCGUGCGGCGAUUCGACCACCACUGCCCCGCCAUCGCCAACUGCGUUGGCGAGGACAAUGAGCGCUACUUCGCCGGCUGGCUGUUCACCAUGUGGACGGUGCAGGUGCUGGUGGUGCGUGUGGCGCUGUCCUACAUCCUGCAGCGACACCUGGCCGUCAGCGGCGCCGCGGCCGCCUCCUCCGCGCCCGACAUGGGGGCAGCGGCUGUGUGGCGCGCGGCGGUGUGGGCUGCCAGCGGACCCGAGCGCGGGCUGCUGCUGCUGGCGCUUCUUCAGGCGAUGUGCCUGGUGCCGGGCAGCUUGCUGGUGCUGCGCCAGACCCUGUGCAUUCUGGGCAACCUAACCGCCAACGAACUGAUCAACCGCGGCCGUUACAACUACCUGAAACGCGAGGGCGGCGGCUACAGCAACCGCUUCGACCGCGGCGUGCUUUCCAACUGCUUCACGUUCUGGGUGGCGAGGGACACGCGCGGCACUGGCGGCGGCGGCGACUGGAUGGCGGUGUUUGAGGCGGGCGAGCGCGAGUUGCGGAGCCGGGCAGCAGCAGGCGUCGGCACUGGCGCAGGGAGAGGCGGCGGCGGCGGCGGUGGCGGCGGCGGGGGCUGGCGGCACCUGUCGCGGUGGAGUGUGGCCGUGGUUGUGGAGUGGCUGGAUGACUACAGCGGGCGGAGGGCGCAGCUAGCCAAGGCGGUCAAGGACCUGCGCGUACAGAAAGCCAUGCGCGGCGUGGAGGUGCGUGCGCAGGCGGCCGCGGCGCAGCAGGCACGGAUGGCGGCCCUUGCCGCGCCCAACGGCCGUCAAUAGCCACAUGUGCAGAGGGAGGCUGUAGCCUUGAGUUGUGGGGUGGCUCGUACAUCGCCAUGCACUUUUGUGUUGGUCGUGGGUACUGUGUGUUCGCUUGUAAGUCAAAGUGAGUACUCGGGUAAGGACAAUAACAAGCACGUUGCCUGUGUGCGUGGGCCGCUGCCUGCGCAUGUGCCACAAGGGCGGGUCCGGUUUUUCGCAGCAACACUUGAGGCCCUUCGCCCGGGCUGUGCUGUUGUGAUAUGAAAGGCAGUGCUCGCUUCCAAGAGUGAGGCUGGCGUUUGGAGUUGUCAGCUCCGUGUGGGGGUCGGAAGGGUUUAUGGGGAAAGGGUUUUGGGCAAUCGUGUGCAAUUGGUCAGAGCGAAGGUCAGCUUGACAGUUGUCGCGACGUAGACUCUUCUUCCUAUGUAAGUAGAUGCCUAUGGAUUGACUUCUUAUCUUUAUGUAAAUGGUUUCGCACAAAAGGAGACGCGUGGCUCGAAGCACAAGAUACCAUGUUACGCUG